UCCUCCAAGCCUAGAAUGUGGCUAUAAAAGGACGCUCUGACUACAGCUCACUCUGCUGACCUGGAGACUGUCCACCAUGAAGCAUCUCAUCUUGUCACUUCUUCGCCCUGCGCUGCUGCUCAGCUAUUUGGUAGCUGUUGUGCUGUCGGCCCCUGCCGAGAAUGUGAGAUGGUGCGUCAAGUCGGACAAGGAGCACGAGAAGUGUGUGGCGAUGGCCAAAAAGGCGCCUGUCUUCACUUGCGUCAAGAGAUCCGACUCUUUGGGAUGCAUCACUGCCAUUCACGAGGGUAUCGCAGAUGCAAUCACAUUGGAUGGAGGAGACAUCUACACCGCUGGGCUGGAGAACUACAAACUACAUCCCAUAAUUGCUGAGGACUAUGGUGCCACAUCGGAUACCUGCUACUAUGCCGUCGCUGUGGUUAAGAAGGGCGGAGCCUUCGGCAUCAGAGACCUGAGAGGGAAGAGGUCCUGCCACACUGGCUUGGGAAAAUCUGCUGGCUGGAACAUCCCAAUCGGAACUCUCAUUAAGUUGGAUGUGCUGAAGUGGGGAGGCAUUGAGGAUGAAAGUAUCGAGUCUGCGGUGGGUAACUUUUUCUCCAAGAGCUGUGCCCCUGGAGCAGAAAAGGGUACAUCACUGUGUCAAGCCUGCAAGGGAGACUGCUCGCGGUCUCACGACGAACCUUACUAUGACUAUGGCGGUGCAUUCCAGUGCCUGGUAGAAGAUGCUGGAGAUGUAGCGUUUGUGAAGCAUCUUACUGUACCAGACAACAUGAAGGCUGACUACGAGCUGCUGUGCUUGGACAACACCAGAGCACCCAUUGACAACUACAAGAAUUGCCACCUGGCCAGGGUACCCGCUCACGCUGUGGUCACCCGCAAAGACCCAGACCUGGCAGACUUGAUCUGGAAUAGCCUCAACUCACUACAGGGUUUUGACCUGUUCUCCUCUCAAGCAUAUGCACCCGCCAAGAAUCUGCUGUUCAAAGACUCUACUGUAAAGCUGGUUAGGUUGCCUGCCAACACAAAUUCCUUCCUGUAUCUGGGUGCCAGCUACCUGGGCAUUGUGCGUUCCCUCAACAAAGAGGUCAUUGCAGCCGGAUCAAACGCGAUCACAUGGUGUGCCGUGAGCCUGUUCGAGACUCGGAAAUGUGACAAAUGGAGUGUCAACAGCUUGGUGGAUGGCGAAAGCAAAAUUUUGUGCCAGACUGCCCCUACUGUGGAAGAAUGCAUGAAGAUGAUCAUGAGCAAAGAAGCAGAUGCAAUGGCAGUGGAUGGAGGAGAGGUGUACACCGCCGGGCAGUGCGGUCUGGUUCCAGCCAUGGUGGAGCAGUACGAUGAAGCCAAGUGCAGCCAAUCUGGAGUCUCAGCCUCCUCCUAUUAUGCUGUUGCUGUGGUGAAGAGGGGUUCUGGGGUGACCUGGGACAACCUGAGGGGGAAGAGGUCCUGCCACACGGGCUUUGGCAGAACCGCCGGCUGGAACAUUCCCAUGGGGAAAAUCCACAAACAGACUGGCGACUGUGACUUCAGCAAGUUCUUCAGUAGCGGCUGUGCCCCCGGAUCUCCAGCCGACUCACCGUUCUGCUCUCAGUGUGUAGGCAGUGGCAAAGCUGUGGAUGACAAAGCAAAAUGCCGAGCCAGUGCAGAGGAGAAGUACUACGGCUAUGCUGGGGCCUUUAGAUGUCUUGUUGAGGGUGCCGGUGAUGUGGCCUUCAUUAAACACACAAUUGUUGCAGAAAACAGCGAUGGAAACGGUGCAGCAUGGGCCGCUAAUGUCGUGAGCAGCGACUAUGAGUUGAUUUGCCCCAACAAGGGUCCAGUGCCAAUCUCAGACUUUGAGUCUUGCCACCUGGCAGUCACCCCAGCCCACGCUGUGGUGACACGUCCUGAGAGUCGCAAUGCCGUUGUCACCAUUCUUCAGGAACAGCAGAGCCGGUUCGGCAAAGACGGCAGCGAUCCAAAUUUUAGGAUGUUUGAGUCCGCACCUGAGAAGAAUUUACUUUUCAAAGAUUCCACCAAGUGUCUCCAGAAGGUGCCAGGUACAAAUGAUUAUAAGAGCUUUUUGGGACCAGAUUAUGUGGAUGCUAUGAUCUCACUGAGGCAAUGCAGUGACUCCACUCCAGAUCUGGAGAAACUGUGCACUUCCCACACCUGUCAGCAGACAAACUAGAUGGCUCAAACCGCUUUGCAAGAAGGCAUACUGAUGCCACAUUGUCAAAUUUCUCAUCUCAGCAGCCACUUGGAAAUAAACGCAUUCUUACGCAAAUCAUUAGACAUCUGACAAAGCUGUUUCAGUAACUCUUGUUUUUCUUACUUUUCAAAUAAAGGCCUUUCCAAUCCCUUGAA